CCGAAGAAGUCGGAGAUGCGAGCGAAAUUUCGUUCCUGGUGGAUUAUUUGCCGACUACAAUACAGUAAUUGCUGAAUUACUAACGUCAACAGAAAAAGCUGGUGUCUUUGGAAUUCUUCAAAAAUGGGAAUGAAGUUAAUCACUUUCAAUGUUUUUCUCUUACUUGUCUCAAGUUCAACCGGCGGAGAGAUCGGUAGAUGUCAAGACAAUCCUUGUCCUGAUGAACAUGCAAAAUGCACGUAUAUGGGGGGGCAAGACUACAAGUGUGAUUGUAACGAGGGAUACAAAGGAAUAAUGCAUUGUACAGACAUAGAUGAGUGUUCAUUAAAUAUCUCUUUAUGUCACGACAACGCAACAUGCCACAAUACAAAUGGUUCCUUCCUUUGUAUCUGUCCUCCUGGUUAUUUUGGUGAUGGACAUAACUGUUCAGACAUAGAUGAAUGCUUUUACAAUGAUUCAAACUGUCACGACAACGCCACAUGCGAAAAUACUCCUGGUUCCUAUGUUUGUAACUGUGUUCAUGGUUAUACUGGAGAUGGACAUAACUGCUCAGACAUAGAUGAGUGCAUUUCCAAUGCUUCAAACUGUCACGACAACGCCACGUGCAAAAAUACUCCUGGUUCCUAUGUUUGUAGCUGUGUUCAUGGUUAUACUGGAGAUGGACGUAACUGCUCAGAUAUAGAUGAAUGUACGACAAAUCGUUCGCGUUGCCAUGUUUACGCCGAGUGCGUUGACACUGAGGGAAGUUAUUAUUGCAAAUGCUUCAAAAAUUUCACAGGCAAUGGCACUUAUUGUCAAGACAUAGAUGAAUGCUUUUCCAAUACUUCAAGCUGUCACGACAACGCCAUGUGCAAAAAUACUCCUGGUUCCUAUGUUUGUAACUGUGUUCAUGGUUAUACUGGUGAUGGACGUAACUGCUCAGAUAUAGAUGAAUGUGCGACAAAUCUUUCGCGUUGCCAUGUAUACGCCGAAUGCGUUGACACUGAGGGAAGUUAUUAUUGCAAAUGCUUCAAAAAUUUCACUGGCAAUGGCACUUAUUGUCAAGACAUAGAUGAAUGCUUUUCCAAUACUUCAAGCUGUCACGACAACGCCAUGUGCAAAAAUACUCCUGGUUCCUAUGUUUGUAACUGUGUUCAUGGUUAUACUGGUGAUGGACGUAACUGCUCAGAUAUAGAUGAAUGUGCGACAAAUCUUUCGCGUUGCCAUGUAUACGCCGAAUGCGUUGACACUGAGGGAAGUUAUUAUUGCAAAUGCUUCAAAAAUUUCACUGGCAAUGGCACUUAUUGUCAAGACAUAGAUGAAUGCUUUUCCAAUAUUUCUAACUGUCACAACAACGCCAUGUGCAAAAAUACUCUUGGUUCCUAUGUUUGUAACUGUGUUCAUGGUUAUACUGGAGAUGGACAUAACUGCUCAGAUAUAGAUGAAUGUACGACAAAUCGUUCGCGUUGCCAUGUUUACGCCGAGUGCGUUGACACUGAGGGAAGUUAUUAUUGCAAAUGCUUCAAAAAUUUCACUGGCAAUGGCACUUAUUGUCAAGACAUAGAUGAGUGCUUUCCCAAUACUUCUAACUGUCACGACAACGCCAUGUGCAAAAAUAUUCCUGGUUCCUAUGUUUGUAAUUGUGUUCAUGGUUAUACUGGAGAUGGACAUAACUGCUCAGACAUAGAUGAAUGCUUUUACAAUGCUUCAAACUGUCACGACAACGCCACAUGCAAAAAUACUCCUGGUUCCUAUGUUUGUAACUGUGUUCAUGGUUAUACUGGAGAUGGACAUAACUGCUCAGAUAUAGAUGAAUGUACGACAAACCGUUCGCGUUGCCAUGUUUACGCCGAGUGCGUUGACACUGAGGGAAGUUAUUAUUGUAAAUGCUUCGAGAACUACACUGGCAAUGGCACUUAUUGUCAAGAUGUGGAUGAAUGUAGUCAAGGUCUUUGUCACCCUAAUUAUGGUGAAUGUAACAAUACUGUUGGUUCCUUUGAAUGUCGUUGCUUGCCAGGAUUUAUUGGAGAUGGAUUUAACUGUACAGAUUUCGACGAAUGCAAUCAUUGUUCAUUUGUCUACACUGGAGAUGGAUUGAAUUGCUCAGAUGAUGACGAAUGUUGUACAACAAGAAAAAGUUGUCAUCCUGAUGCCGACUGUGUGAAUACAAUUGGAUCCUAUGGUUGUCAAUGUCAUCACGGCUACACGGGAAAUGGGUUCAGUUGCACAGUUGAUGAUAAUGCGUAUUGUAUAAAAGACAAAAGUCAAGAUAUAACCUGGGAGCGUACAAAAGCCGGAGAUGUUCAAACAUAUUCCUGUCCUCGUAAUCAUUUGGGAAACUGUUCAAGAAAAUGUUCAAUUAAAGCAAUUUGGGAGCUUCCUGAUAUGAGUAAUUGUGUUUCUCCAAAGUUAGUUGAACUUGAUAAUCAGUUCGAAGAAGAAGUUGUGACAAAACAAAAUAUUUUACAAGGAAGUCUUGCACUGUCCAACUUUACAAGACUAAAUAGCACGAAAUUGUAUGGUGGUGACAUUAUAACCUCUGUAAGGAUCCUGAAGCAUUUGGUGUUUAACAAGAAUCGUUCAAGGUUGUCAAACUUCACCAAAAAUGAUAUUAAAGAAUUCGCCACUAGCUACAGUCAAACCGUGAACAACUUACUAGAAACUGAAAAUAUUCCUGCUUGGGAAGGUGUGAAAAAGCGUAAAUUGACUGCAUUAACUUUGGUAACUAACGUGGAAGAUUUUGGCGACAUAUUAUUAAACAGACAGAUUGAAAUUCUUCAACCUGAAGACGACGUAAAAGCUUUACCAUCAUCUUUAGUAUUUGUUAAUUUGGAGAAUAUUGAACUUUCAUCAAAAGUCAUAGACGUGGAAAAUUUUAGGGGUUUUACAUUCGGUAGAUCUUCUUCGGAAGGUGAUUAUAGUGCUAUAAGUUUCCCAAGCAGUUUUUUUGGAGAGGAUAAAGAAGCCCAUAGCUCAGGUAUAUUCAACGCACUUUAUCGAAACCUUGCCAUCAUCCUAAAUGAUAUGGAAAACAGCUCAAUAUUAAUGAAUAGCUCUCGUGAUACGGAUAUCAUAAACUCGGUUAUCAUAACGGCAAAGGCUGUUUCUAACAAAUCCGUUUCAUUCAAUAAUCUUGUGGAUCCUGUCAUACUCGUUUUCAGUCACAUAAAUCAGCAACCAGACAUUCGACAUCAGUGUUCAUAUUUAAAUACAAAUUCCGCAAAUGAGUCGUGGAACAUGUGGCUUAAUAAUGGUUGUUCAGUUCAUUCUGAAAACAUUACUCAUACUGUGUGCCAUUGCUCUCAUCUUACAAACUUUGCUUUGCUGAUGGAUAUACAUGGAAGACAGAGUACGAUGUCUUUAAAACAUGAUCAAAAUCUGACAGUUUUAUCCUACAUAACCUGCAGUAUUUCCUUGAUCUCUGCUUUUGUUGCUGUUCUCAUAUUUUGUGUUUUAAGGUUGAAUAGUGAUCGAAUCUUGAUCCACAAGCAUCUCGCGUUAAACAUAUUUCUUACACAGUUGGUGUUCCUUAUUGCUCCACAAUGUACCAAUAUUCAAUGGCUUUGCAAAGCCGUCGCUCUUUGUCUCCAUUUUUUCCUCUUGGCAUUGUUUUUCUGGAUGUUGGUUGAAGGAAUUUGCCUGUACAAUGCUCUCAUUAGAGUAUUCAGUGCUAGAGCACAUGGAACAGUGAAGAAAUAUUACAUUUUAGCAUACGGAAUUCCUCUUAUUAUUGUGAUGAUAUCAGGUGGAUUAUAUUGGGAAAAAUAUGGAACUGGAGAAAAGACAUGUUGGAUCACGCAACAAGUAAUCAUUUCAGCUUUGGUUCCCCCUCUUGGUAUCGUUAUUUUGAUGAAUGCUGUGAUUUUAGGAAUGGUUAUUCGCGUUCUUCUCCAUCCUUCAAGCCUACGAAACACAAAACGCAAUGUUGUGAAAGAUGUCAGAUCAAGCUUGAAAGCGUCGAUUACUUUGCUUCCUUUAUUGGGGAUUUGCUGGAUAUUUGGAUUUCUUCAACUCAACCGAGAUACUAUAGUUUUCUCUUACAUCUUCGUUAUUUUAAAUGGAAGUCAGGGGUUUUGUUUCCUCGUAUUUCAUUGCUUGCGUAAUAAUGAGGUGAAAACAGCGUGGACCAAAAGAUCGCCACUUCGCUUCAGUGAAUUUCAUUCUGAUCAAAAUUCUUCUUCAUCAAUUCCUCCAUUACCACUGCAAAAUGUUUCUUCUCUCUCAUUAUUCACAGAUGAGAAUCGUGGUGUGCAAAAUAUUCAUUACCGUAACAUUUUUGGUCCAAAUGAUUUUGAUGAUGCUGUUUUGAUGAGAAAAUCGAAAAAUAGUAAUGUUCAGCUUAAAGAGGUCAAACCAAGAAAUUCUUCAAAUAUUUAGAUAUGCACUUCGUACAAAAUUGCUGCUUGUCAUCAAAAAGUCACAGCAAUAUUCAACAUCGACUGAUCUAAUCUGUGAACUAUAGCCACCCAGUUGCACUAUAAGACUCAAGAGUUUCUAGUAGGUGAACUAGCUUCAUAAUCUGUGAGCUAUAGCUGGAUUGUUUCACUGCAUGCAUGAGGUACUAGUUGUCGAGCAGCUGUAUAUAGUUGUGAACUAGUUGUAUAGUUAGUGAACAACUCGAAGCUUCUGCACAUAUAGAGUUGUAAAAAUAUUUGCUGUAAAUUUGGAUAUACAUGCACGCAUGGAUAUCGAACAACAUGCAUGGCAGAGUUGCAAAAAAGCUGCGGGUUCACUUUGAAUGAGGUUCGUUAGGGGAAGGUGCAUGUACCAAAAAACCAAUAUUACAUUAUGAUGGUUGGCAUUUGACUUAGGUUAUAUUGUUAGUUACCAAUGCAACUAGCACCAAGGAAGGCAGGAUGAGUCAUGUGACUGAUGUGUGCGGUGACGUCACAUGAAGAUUUUUGAAAUCCUUCCCGAAGAGAGUUUGAACUCUUUUUGCAACUGAUGCAUGAACUUGGAAAUGUCAGUCAAUCCAAGUUUAGUGCGUAUGCCCAAGUUUCCUGCAAUUAUUUAAAUAAAUUUUAGCUUUGCUAAACACAAGAAUAAUGACCUUUGCUUCUUUUUGCUUUUUUUUUAAUAAGUGCGCCCAAUAUUGAACAUCGCGAGUGAGUAUUGUCAACGAUAAUAACUUUGCACACUCUAAGACAAUCUCUAAGACAAUCUAAUAAUGUUUAAGGUCUUUUAAUCUAACAGGAAGAUCUACAGGGGGAUUUUCUUAUUUUUUCAGUUGAAUUAAUUGGGGGUAAGAGUACUAGUUUAAAAUGUUUGCACGACGUAACAUAUUAAGAGAAAUU